AUGCAGCUGAUAUAUGUUCUCCUUGCAAUGUGCACCGGUGUAUCUGGACAUAUGGAGAUGAAAAUGCCUUAUCCAUUUAGAAGCAAAUUCAACCCAGAAAACAAAUAUACCGAUAUUGACUACUCUAUGACCAGCCCCCUGAAUGCCGAUGGCUCGAAUUUCCCUUGCAAAGGAUACCAUUCCAACACCACAUCCCGUGCAACAGCAAAUUACUCAGCUGGCCAAAUAUACUCCUUGGAACUCACCGGUACUGCAACCCAUGGCGGGGGAUCCUGUCAGGUAUCUCUCAGCUUAGACAACGGCACAUCUUUCCGGGUGAUUAAAUCCAUCAUGGGAGGAUGUCCACUUACGGACAUGUACAAUUUCACCAUCCCCAAGGACACACCGUCCGGAAAGGCUAUGCUGGCCUGGACCUGGUUCAAUUUAUUUGGGAACCGUGAGAUGUAUAUGAACUGUGCCCCAGUGAUGAUUAAUAGCUGCGCCCCAGGCGCUUCCAGGACGUUAAAUCUUGAGCUCCCGAAACUGUUUGAAGCUAAUAUCGGAAAUGGCUGCAUGACCAUCGAAGGGAGAGAGACAGUCUUUGCAAAGCCAGGGUGCGAUGUUAUCUAUGGUGGAAACGUCACUGCAGACAAUCCCCCAAUGCCUAAAUGUGAGUAA